UUACGUUUGGGAAAGGGUAAGGCAUUUUCCCUUCAAACGGUCCUUCAUUUUCCCUUUCCUCUUUCCAUACCGAAAAUUCAUUUCGGAAGGUCAGGUCCUCCCGAUAUCACCGAUACGUACUCUCUUCUCGUCCUCAACAUCACCUUCCGCACGACUGCUGAUGAUUUGUUUCCACUCUUCGACAAGUACGGGAAGGUCGUCAACAUCUUCAUUCCCAAAGAUCGAAGGACUAGUGAUUCAUGCGGCUUUGCAUUUGUGUGCUAUAAGUAUGACGAUAAAGCUCAGAAAGCUGUAGAUAGGCUAGAUGGGAGAGUUGUUGAUGGUCGGGAGAUAACUGUUCAGUUUGCAAAAUAUGGCCCUAAUGCAGAGAGGAUUCAGAAAGAAAGGAUUAUUGAAUCAUUUCCAAGGUCAAGAAGCCGAAGUCCUCGUAGAAGAUUUGAUUUCCUAGAGGGAACUCCAAUUCUUCCUUUGUUCACCGGGACGACCAUUAAAAAGAUAGGGAUUAUAGAAGAAGAGGUCGAAGUAGAAGUUAUAACAGAUAUGAACGUGAUUGAUAUCGUGGGAAAGACAGAGACUCUCGGCGCCAAAGCAGGAGCCAUAGUGCUAGUCCUGUUCGUUCUAAAGGCCGGGGAAGAGAUCGUUAUGAUGAAGAUCGGCGAAGUAGCAGUCGAUCAAGGAGUGUUUCUCCUUAUCGCCACAGUCCUAGUCCUCAGAAGAGUCCUUCCCCACGUAAGGCAUCUUCCCCUAGGGGUGAAAGUCCUGAUAGACGGAGCCGUGAUGGGCAUUCUCCAAGUCCUCGAAGUGUUUCACCACGAGGCCGUCGUGCUGAUUCUCGGAGCCUGUCUUCUGGAAACACAGAUUGAUGAAUGAUCUUUGCAGAUGGCAUUGGAAUUCUUGGAAACUUGACGUAGCAUGUUUCAUGUUGCUAUUUUGUUAAUGUUAGAGGACAUUCAAAUAUCAUUUGUUUCUUGUAUUGGUAGGACUUUUUGGUUAUAAUUUUCUGUCCUGAACCUUUUGUCACUAUUACCUAAGUAAGAUGUGUCAUGGUAUUUAACGUUAUGUAGUUUGUAGCUUGAUGUUUCAGUACACAUCAAUGAUUCUAUGGUGUGAGUCUGUUUUCAUAUUUUGCUUCCUCUGCCUUGAGAUAUUAUAUUUGGCUUUUAUUUUGCUUGAUAUUUGUCUUUCUGAU